AUUAUUCCCAUCACAGUUUUGCAAAGCAGUGCAAUGUAUUAUUUAUGCUGCGAAUCCUUAGUUGUUGAGCAGUUAUGACUGAUCAAGAUAAUGUGAAUGAAUAUUAUGGUUUUCCUAAUCCUCAGUAAAUAUACAAGUAUGCCUAAUUUCCUUUGACUAGUUAAGGACACGAGAGGAGGACUCCCGUAUGAGCUUCCCACUAGCUUGAUCGAUCUCAUGGGGUGUUGUGUGAACGAAAUUGUCACUUUAGGGAUAUUUAGACAAUCUAGACAGUAGGAGGUGAGUUGUGAUAAUUACAUAAAUGUUAUAUGAAAUUUCAUUUCGGUAACCGGAAGAUGUUCUUUGUAGUAUUCGUUGAGCAAAUUGUUUGUACUACGGGACGUGUGUUAGUGAUGAUAAUAACGUCUCUGGACAAAUAUAGGUUUUUAAGUUAAAUUUCAGCCCGUCAUUUCUUACACGUUGAGGCGGGUGUCAAUAUUUGCGGUAUGCAUGUGAUGGUUGUGUUUUGUCUCUUCUCUAAACAAGGUGCCUUGGAAACAAUGUGAAGUGCCAUUGAGCCUUGUUGAAUGUGUUUGGCUUCAAGUAGAAGAUCACAUAUUUCCAUCUACUAUUUAAAAAAUUAUUAAGAAUGUUAAAGUGAAACUUGCAGCUCUUGAAGAUUUGCUUGCAGUUACUGUAAAUUUCACCUUAGUAUUUCAUACGUUACAGAUGUUCUUUGUUAUAGUGUAUCAAGUUUUCUCCAAAUCUUUAAAGGAACUAAACAAUGGGGUUUGAAGUGAAUAGAUUUCAAGGUGAUGUGGAUGAGGAACUUGUAUGCCCUAUAUGUUCAGGUGUUUUGGAAGAUCCAUUGCAGGCUCCUGUUUGUGAACAUGCAUUUUGUCGAGCAUGCAUUCAAGAAUGGAUAUCUCGUCAACCAACAUGCCCUGUUGAUCGUCAAUCUAUUACAACUGCCCAGCUGCGACCUGUUCCCCGGAUUUUGAGAAAUCUGCUAUCCAAGUUGUGCAUCAAAUGUGACAACGCUACAUAUGGUUGCACUUCAGUCUUGAAACUUGAUUCUUUAUCUUCUCAUUUGGAAGAAUGCGAACACAAUCCAAAACGUCCAGUUUCUUGUGAGCAAGGAUGUGGUUUAGUAAUUCCAAAGGAUGAACUGAAAGACCAUAAUUGUGUGAAAGAGUUACGUGCUUUGAUUCAUUCCCAGCAACAAAAAAUGGCUGACUUUCAACAAGAAAUUGCUGAGCAACGUCGCAAAUUAAAGGAACAGAAAAGAGAAAUUGAACUGUUGAAGGAAUUCUUGCAUGCAAUGCGUUCAUCAAAUCCAGCUGUGAGAGAAAUAGCUGAUCAAAUGGAACGUGAUGAAGUUAUUCGUUGGUCCAAUUCACUUACAAGAGCACGUGUUACUAGAUGGGGUGGAAUGAUUUCUACACCAGAUGAUGAACUUCAGGCAGCAAUAAAGAGAACUUUAUCGGAGUCUGGGUGUCCUCCUCACAUUGUGGAAGACCUGAUGAGGAAUGCACAUGAGAGUAAUUGGCCUCCAGGUUUGAACUCUCUAAAAACACGACAAACAAAUAGACGGCAAUAUGACAAUUAUGUUUGCAAGCGUAUACCAGGGAAACAAGCUGUUGUUGUUCUCUCGUGUGAUAACAGCCAUAUGAGUGAAGAUAUGAUGGUAGAACCUGGUCUGAUAAUGAUUUUUGCACAUGGGAUUGAAUGAUAAUUUGAUUUGAAUUUUGAUCUACAUUGCAUUGAACAAUACUUCCAAUGAAUCAAGAUGCAAGUAGAGAGUGUAUAUGUAUGUACGUGUGUGUGUGUGCAUGUGCGUGUGUGUUCUGUUUAAAUGUGGCAUUAUGAUUCUGAUCCAUUCCUUUACUUACAUCAGUAAAACCUUGUAUUUUAUUGCACAUUAUCUCUUUUGCUUUUAUAUGUUAAAUUUGAUGUCGGAUUAGUUUUGUCCAAAAUUGGUUUGCCUGUUAAUGAUUGUGUUUAUUUAAAAUGGCAAAUGGUAUUCAUUAACGUUUUAUAUUUCUGCAUAAAAUUCAGUGAGUGAAAUGUUAUUGUAUUUAGUAGUUUGUUAAAAAUUUUAAAUAUUAAAAUGUCACAAGAUUUUAAGUAAUCAUUUAAAAUAAUUUUCAUCACAAGGUUUUACUGAAUUGUCACUAUUUUUUUAAAUUAAUAAUUAACUAUUGUAAAAUGAUAUUCUUGAAGUGAUUCUUAAAUUUAAUUCCCAAAAUUUUAUUUGAUUACAUGAACAUACAUUUAAUGUACUAUAGUUGACAUGUGGAAAAAUCAAAAUCUCCUCAAAAUAGAAAUGCAGAAAAGCAGUGUAUGCUGAGUAAGGUCUCCUGUAUUGGACACUCAUUUAAGUAUAAUGUUUGCAGCUUUUUAAACGAAUACAAAUUUUUGAAACUGCAUACUUUUUAAGAAUUUAAACUUUUAUUAUAACUUUUAAUUUUACUUCUUCUAGCUUUCGUUAUAAUGAUUUUUUCAAAUUUGCUGGAAACAUGAAACAAUGUGUGUGUGUAUUCAAUUGUAUAAUAGUAAUUUUAUUGUAUCUUUCAGAAAGUAAUAGUGAAUACUAAGGGCCUUGUGUUAGAUGAUUAGUUAAUACUCCAUUCUAUUAUUUGCUCUAAGAGGGUGCUCAUAAUUACAAUAAGUACUCUGGUAAAAACAAGACAACUGAAAGUUAAGUUAAAGCUGCAGAAAUGGCCAUCUAUUAAGUGAUCACUUCUGUUAUGGCCAUUUUUUCGUGUAACAUUGAUUUUGCCUUCAGACAAGUAAAUAUUUCCUCUAUAAAGGGGUCAGUGGCCAGGCACAUGGUGUAUACUAUCCUGCAAUUGACAGGCACAUCUUUCUGAUGAUUUUUUGAUUUUAACCCUUAACACCAUAGAAACAAAGAUAUUUUUAUUUUCACUACUUCCUUAUUUGCAAUUUUUUUUACAUAAAACUAAGGGCAAAAUUGUUACUACAAAACAAUAUAUGAUGAGAGUAGUUAUCCAGAAGCAAAGGAAUAAUGAAUAUAUUGAUUUAUGAUCUUCCUGCCGUGGGACAGAUUUUCAGAUUACUUAGAACAAUGAUAUCUAGAAUUUCAUAUCUUGUGAGGGAUUCAUUUCUGUUUCAGGUAACAAAAUAUGAUAUUCAUGCAUGCUCUGAAGUUUCUUCAAAGCAGCUUGUGGAAAGUCUAGUGGAAAAUCAAUUCCAAAGGGAAGAAACAAACAUAGAUCUGAAAAAAAUUCAAAAUUGUGCAAAAACUGGAAAUUAAUCGAUUUGUUUUAAGUGUGCAAAAGUGAAAACCUUCCAGUAUUGUUACAUUUAUUUGUCACGCAAAGUAUUCUUCACUGCAAAUAACAACCGCCAGUGCAUACAUGAGUAUAAAUAGACCACAUGUCUGCUUCCCAAAUUCUCAUAACCUUAUUUAAGCAUUCUGUACUAAUGACCAUUUUUCUCCAAAACCAAUAGUGAUCGCUAAUGACCAGAGGGCGGAUUUUAAUGAAUUGUAAUUUUUUUAAAUUUUCACUUUAGGACAAUGCUGUUUAGUAUAGAAAUUAAUUUUACAUUAUAACGAAAGGAAAUGAAUCAUUUUUAUGUCAUGUUUUUGCAUUUUUCUUUGAUUUUGAUGAAUAAGUCAUUUUUUAUCACAUCAUUUUAGUGCAUUUUUUGCUGAUUUCAUCAAUUUUAAUAUCAUUUUCAUGAUACUUGCUUGAAAUAAUAUUUACAAAAUGCAACAAAUGUUCUCUACAGAAUUCCUUAGUAGCGUAUUGAAUUUCUUCAGUCAUAAAUUGUAAUGACAGCCGUUGUAUGUAAUCUAAGGUUCCUCUGUGCCUAUCAACCCGUGUCAGUUUGUCUGAUUUUGAGAUAACUAAAGACAAAGAUUUCCUGGUAAAGAACAGUCCAAACCAAACGUUUGCAAGCUGAGUUUACUUGAACAAAUGGAAGAAGCCUUGGUUACAUCAGUGAUGUAUCCAAAAGGUUGAGUUGUUUAUCUGAACUGAUUUUGAUCACAUUUUUUAUAUUAUUUUUCUCUGCUUUUAGGGCAUUUUAAAAAGAUUUUAAGAGCAUUUUAUUGAUAAUUUUGGCGAUGGUUUAGGUUAUCAACAUCCAACUCCUACUAAUGACAAAUUUUACUUUAAUGUUUCAGGGGUUAUUUAUCAUUUGACCCCAUCGAUUUUUUCUUGCAUGUUUUAUGACCCUUAAAUUAUACUGUCCUCUAGGGGAUUUAUAGAUUUGUUUUGUUGGGUGUUAGAAGCUGCAUCUUUCAGUAUAUGGACAAACGUUCGACAGCCAGUAGUAAAAAUAUUAUUCAUUUAUGACUUUGAAGUUAGUCCAGUGCUCAGAGCUGCUAAGAGAGAAAAUUCUUGACAAAAGGUGGAUCUGUAGAUGUAAAUGGUCUGUCUUCUUAGGAUUAAGUAAAGUCUCUUAACAAGUAUAAAUGCUGCCAUGAGGUUAUUAGUGUUUGAAUUAGUCUUCCAUAUAGUGAGGUUUAUAAGCUAGAUAAACCUUUAAAGGGCCAAGUAGGGUUUGGAGCUUGGUUUGGGAAAAAGAACAAGAAGAAAAAAGAAGUGUUGAAAUUGAAUUUUAAUUGAUGUGCUUUACAUUUCUGGGAAUUUCCUUUGUUGGGUUUCAUCAAUUUUGUUGUCUAGAACUUUGUCAGUUAUGAGCCAUGAUUCCAUAGUGAGUUGCAUAAAAAUUAGGUCAAUUACAGUUGUCAGAAUGGAACUAUUUAAGGAUCCAGAGUAUUUGAGAAGAUUUUUACAAUUUUCUGAAAUAAAUUGCAGGGGAGUACAGCACAAAUACAUAUUAAAUUGCCUUUGUUUUAAGAGGCAAGAUGUGAGGGCUAAUUCCUGCGUAGUUGAUUUAAUUAUCAUAGAUCACAAUAAAGUCCUUGUAUUCUUUUAUGUGGUACAUUUACUAGAUUGCUUCAUUUGUUCCUAAGUUUACUGGAUAACAACUCUGUCAUUGAGAUGCAAUCCAAGAGUUUAAGACUAAUAGAAAAUCUCAAGACAAUUAAAAGCAUAGCAAUUAUCAACCUGUGUGAUGACAACCUUAGUUUAUUAUGUUAAUUAAUUAUAGAUUGAAGACCAAAAAGAAAAAGUAGGUCUUUAAAAAAGCAUCUGUGUUGUUGUAGCACAAAUUAGAUUUCCUAAAUUAUGUAAAAAAUGAAGGGGAGAAAUAUCUCAAAAUGUUUUGUUGCGAUUAAGCCAAAACGUAAUACAUUUUUGAAAGUAAUAUGUUAAAUGUUUCAGACCCGACAUGCUUCUUUAAUAUUUAAUUUAUAACUAAUGAAUUAAUUAUCUCUGGCUUAAAUUAAAGAAGUUUCUCAAAAUAUCAAGAACUUUUUGGCUACAAAUUAUCCAAGAAUAGCACUCGAUUAAAAAUUCUAAAACGUUUUCACAAACUCAUAUUUUCUCAAAAAUGAACUAUAAAUUUUUCUAAGCUUUAUUUUUCUUUAAAAUAUCCCAAAAAAUUUACAUUUUAUGACCUGUGAUUCCAUAAUAUUUAAAAAAUGAUGGAGAAAACCUAUUCUUAGCUCAAAUGCAAUUUUUUUGAUACAAGUUCAAUAGAAAUUCAACACCUUAUGACUGAAAAGAAGGAAAUUUUAUUUACUGAAUGUUUUGAAAAAUCAAGUUUGGAAUCAUAAAGAGAUGUUAGAGAUGCUGUAAAGCUGUUCAAGCUGUAAAGUGAUGGCGGAACUGUUUUAUGCCAUAUGCUUCUGUUUAUAAAUUGAAAUGCUUCUAAUUUAUGUUACACCUGUAAUUGAAUAUUUUUCUGAAUAAUGAACAAUCUUUUAUCUUCUCACAAAUCUCUUAAAAAACAAAAAGUCAAAAUGUUACCUGUAAAAAGCCUUUAUGGAAUUUUCAAAAUUUCAUACUUGUAAUGUGGUCACAAACACCUUUCAUAGGUCUGCAUAAAUCAUUCCCUGGGCAGAGUUAAAUAAUUUUCACAACUACUGAGGUGAAAUGUGCCAACAAUAGUAUCUGUAGGAUGUUUUAGCCCCAAAAGAUGUUUCUUCUCAUAUGAAUGCUGUCAACAUUUAUGUUAAUUAAUUUAGAUGAUAUGCGAGAAGGUUGCCAACUACUAAAAUAUAUUGUCCAAAAAGGACAAUGGACAAGAGCUAAACUACUGGAGUGUAGAUUUGGAUUUAUUGUUUGCAAAAUUGGAUGAAUAUUAUUUUGUCAGGUAUCUUGGAGUGUGGAAACAAAGUCCAACCAAAGGAAGAGAGGUUGAAUAAAGUGAAAUAUUUGUAAAUAUCAAAACCAGGAAUGAUGAAAGGAAAAUUCUUUCAAAUACUUAUAAAAUCUAAAAUAAAUAUUUCCUGUUAUGUCAUAAAAUUGCAUUUCAAGAUGAAAAGUAAUAUUUGUUAAAAUAUCCAAACCCUGUCCAUAAUUGCGAGUUUUUUCCCUCCUUAACUUUUAAUAGCUGUUAAGG